AACUUGUACAUUAGGAUUUCCCAAUAGCCAUCAUCUGACUAAUUCUCACAUAACUACUCGGAACGUAUUCAACAAUAACGUCAUAAAAUUAAAAAGGAAUAGCGGUGCUACGUUUAUGGAUCGCAUCGAGAGGGGGGCUGGUACAUGGCAGGAUGUCGUCUCGAACCGAGCGCAGUGGGUUUUCUGAAGGCUGCGGCGCGUGCCGCAUGCCAACACCUCUCAUGACCUCGUACGACCCUAUUAAAACAAGUUCCGUCGCCAAAUCGGCAUAGUAUCAUCAGAUCCAACCAUGAGGCUCCUGUGCUCUUGUCUCUGCUUGGCGACGAUUUUGAAAAUCGUUUCGGCCGCGCCCUCCGGCUUCGCUUUUCCGGAUCAGCGUCGCGAAAGGAAAUUAGAACCAGUGAUAACACCUCCCGUCUUGCCUGUUUUAGAACACUUAGAGCGUGAUCCUAGUACGCUGUUGCCACAUGAAAAACGAGCUCAAGUGAAACCCAAAUUCGGUGGUGGCGGUUUUAAUCUGGCUCCUUCAGGGAAUGGUGGACUGACCGCCAGUAUUAGCAGCAGCGGUAGCGGACCUGGGGCCAGUCACUCCGCUUCUCAGUCGUUCUCAUUUGGAUUCAGUGAGGGCUUCAGUGCGUCACACUCGGCCAGUCAGGCGUCAUCAUUCAAUGGUUUCGGAAGUGGUUUCAGCGGCAGUCAAGCCAGCAGUCAAGCCGCCGCAGCCUUGUUCGGAGUUGCCGGUCCAUCAGUCUCAGGAGCCGCCUCGCAAGCCGCAUCCUUCGGAACAGGCUUCGGAAAUAACUUCGGAAGCCAGAGCGCGUCGUCAGCCUUCGGAUUCAAUUCGCUUGGUGGAUUCGCUCAACCCAACCCUUCGUUCGGUGAUGGUCUUUUAGACGUCAGACAGCGUGGAGUCCCGAACUUUCCUUUCCCAGAACUUCUAGGGAGAGGCAAAGGUAUCGGCGCGGCUGCGUUCAGAAACGGAAAAUCGAAUGUUUCACCGAGAUUAGGCGACGACUUCGUGACUGUGGUUGUAUCAAAUUGAAAACUCACAGAUAAUAUAUAGGUACCUAAUAUUCUGCGUUUUACGGAGCGGUUUUUGGAUCGUUUUCAAUUUUGCGGUAAUACCAAAAAAGUAACGAUUUCAUGAAUUAAAAAUUUCUCUAUUUUUUAAUUUUUUUGUAUUUAGGUGUGUUCAUUUUACGCAUUUGAUAACGCCAACACGGAUGACAAUUGAAAUAGGAACUUUUUUAUAAAGUUUAGAAACCGUACUUCUUUUGUUUUUAAUAAAGUUCUAAUACCCAGUUAGUUUUCCUUUAUUAUUGUAUUUUAUACUGAUUAAAUAAAAUUGCCGAAUUUCAACACGCAUUACCGAAAAAAUAGCAAACAAGUUAGAAUUUGAAUUUCGAACCAGUGAUACGAAUGAGGUUUGGAGUAGUUUUUAAUAUAGAACUCCUAAUUUAACAGUUUUUACGAAUAUAUAGUUAUAAGACUAUGUGCCUGUUGUCAUAACAACAAAUUUAUUGUACUUAUAAUUACGGUACCAUUAAGGUUAUGAGAAUUAAAUCAAAAAACUCGCUUUUGGCUCCAAAUCUGAAAACGACCUUUUUACUGUUUAAAAAAAAAAACAUUCGAAAAUCGAAAUACGUAAAAUAAAUUCCACAGAAACAUACUAUAUACGUAGUAUUCGAUGUACAUUUAAUAGUUUUUAUUGUUGUGUAUAAAACAAAACUUUUAUAAUAGAACUAUAAUACUGAAUAGAUGUUGCAAAUGUUAGCAGUCACGUUUUCUAUACAGACUUUUUUCAAUAUAACACAUGUAUGUAAACACUUUAUUUCAACGUGUGCAUAUAGACAUUGUUGUCGUUUUGUUAUCUAGUCUAAUGUAAUUAAUGUGCUUCUAGUGAAAAAAAUACGUCCUUAAAGACUUAUUAUUUUCUUUGUAAGUGAAAGAAAUGAGACAUUCAAAAUGUUUUUUACGAAUUAGGCGAUUCAUAUUUGAUUAAAAACACUCACACGACGAAAUGUCGUAGACAUUAAUAGACAAAUAAUUAAGUAGACAAUAAUUAACACGGCGUUCGGCCGUAAAUUGUAUUCUGAUUUUCAAAAUUAGGCUAAGCAAACAUCGAUUAAUGUAUUUAUUUUUAGUUAAAACUUUAUUGUAAGUUGUAAUUUUAAGUUUAUUUACAAUAAUAAAACGAAUCGUAAAUUUUUCAUUUAA